CGGGCCGGGCGCGCCCCGCGGCCGCACCAUGACGGGCCGCGUGUGCCGCGGCUGCGGCGGCACCGACAUCGAGCUGGACGCGGCGCGCGGCGACGCCGUGUGCACCGGGUGCGGCUCGGUGCUCGAGGACAACAUCAUCGUGUCGGAGGUGCAGUUCGUGGAGAACAGCGGCGGCGGCUCGUCGGCCGUGGGCCAGUUCGUGUCUCUGGACGGUGCUGGUAAGACCCCAACCCUAGGCGGUGGCUUCCAUGUGAACUUGGGGAAGGAGUCAAGAGCACAGACACUGCAAAACGGGCGACGCCACAUCCACCACCUGGGGAGCCAGCUGCAACUGAACCAGCACUGUCUGGACACAGCCUUCAACUUCUUCAAGAUGGCUGUGAGCAAGCAUCUGACCCGAGGCCGGAAGAUGGCGCACGUGGUUGCCGCCUGCCUCUACCUGGUCUGCCGCACAGAAGGCACACCGCACAUGCUCCUCGACCUCAGUGACCUGCUCCAGGUAAACGUGUAUGUGCUGGGAAAGACGUUUCUGCUUUUGGCGAGGGAGCUCUGCAUCAACGCGCCAGCCAUAGAUCCAUGCCUGUACAUCCCACGCUUUGCCCACCUGCUGGAGUUUGGAGAGAAGAACCAUGAAGUGUCCAUGACAGCCCUGAGGCUCCUGCAAAGGAUGAAGAGAGACUGGAUGCACACAGGCCGGCGUCCCUCAGGCCUCUGUGGAGCAGCACUUCUGGUUGCUGCCCGAAUGCAUGACUUCCGGAGAACUGUGAAAGAAGUCAUCAGUGUGGUCAAAGUAUGUGAAUCCACACUGCGGAAGAGGCUCACAGAAUUUGAGGAUACGCCCACCAGUCAGCUGACCAUUGAUGAGUUUAUGAAGAUUGAUUUGGAAGAGGAAUGUGAUCCACCGUCGUACACAGCUGGACAAAGGAAGCUGCGCAUGAAGCAGCUUGAACAAGUCCUGUCCAAAAAACUGGAGGAAGUUGAAGGUGAAAUAUCCAGUUACCAGGAUGCCAUUGAGAUUGAACUAGAAAACAGCCGGCCAAGGCCAAAGGGAGCCCUUGCCAACUUGUCGAAGGAUGGUUCUGCCGAGGAAGCUACAUCUAGCCCGUUGGGUGAAGAAGAUGCUGAGGAUGAAGAGCUGGAGGCUGCCGCCAGCCACAUGAACAAAGACUUUUACCAGGAGCUCCUAGGUGGUGGCAGCAGUUCAGAAGCAGAAGAAAGCACUGAGGGGGGUGGCAGGCCCCUGGCCUUGGAGUCCCUGCUUGGUCCCCUGCCCACAGCAGCCAGCCUGGGCAUCUCUGAUCCCAUCCGAGAGUGCAUCUCCUCCCCAAGCCUGGACCCCAAGCUCUCCCUAGGUGACACUGAUGUGCACUUUCUUCUAGAAGACACCUCAGAGGAUGGCGAGCUGGACCUCAGUGGUAUUGACGACCUUGAGAUUGACAGAUAUAUCCUGAAUGAAUCCGAAGCCCGAGUGAAGGCUGAGCUGUGGAUGCAGGAGAACGCAGAGUACCUGCGGGAACAGAGGGAGAAAGAAGAGAGAAUAGCUAAGGAGAAGGAGCUGGGUAUCUACAAGGAGCACAAGCCCAAGAAGUCCUGCAAACGCCGGGAGCCCAUCCUAGCCAGCACCGCGGGAGAGGCCAUCGAGAAAAUGCUGGAGCAGAAGAAGAUAUCCAGCAAAAUCAAUUACAGUGUACUCCGGGACCUUGACAGCAGGGGUGGGACCAGCCCAAAGAGGGAAGACACUCAGCCUGCAGAGAAAGCCAGUGCCAAGAAGGUACCUCGGAGGAAAACGCCAGCCAGCAGGAGCGGGCCUGACCCUGGAACCAACGUAGGGAAAAGGUUGAAGCCUCUGGUGUCUGCUCAGCCCACUAAGAAGGCAGCCAUAGGAGAGGCCUUGCUCCCAAACUCCCCUGCGCUCGGAGCGGAGCCUGUCAGGCCCUCGGCUGUCCUGGUGGAGAGCGGCCCUGUGUCGUACCACCCUGAUGAGGAGGCAGACGAGGAAGAGGCAGACGAGGAGGAUGGGGAGCCCUGUGUCAGUGCCCUGCAGAUGAUGGGCAGCAAUGAUUAUGGCUGUGAUGCUGACGACGACGAUGGCUACUGAACACAACCUGUACACCAGGCGGAGUCCUGGCGCUGGACCUGGAAACACAACCUACACACCAGGCGGAGUCCUGGCGCUGGACCUGGAAACACAACCUAUACACCAGGCGGAGUCCUGGCGCUGGACCUGGAAACACAACCUAUACACCAGGCGGAGUCCUGGCGCUGGACCUGGAAACACAACCUAUACACCAGGCGGAGUCCUGGCGCUGGACCUGGAAACACAACCUAUACACCAGGCGGAGUCCUGGCGCUGGACCUGGAAACACAACCUAUACACCAGGCGGAGUCCUGGCGCUGGACCUGGAAACACAACCUAUACACCAGGCGGAGUCCUGGCGCUGGACUUUGAAUAUGUCUGUUGGGGUCAGGGCCUGGGGCCAUAGUUCACAGGUGUGAACACCAAGUCUCAGGUCCAGCUGAGCUCUGUCCCACUGGCUUUGAAAUUAUCUACAGCCACAUGUGGCCUCUGGGGUACCUGCUGUGGGGGUCAGUUUUGAACAAUGUAAGAAAUAUUUUUAUCCAGA